AUGGCGAUGGAGUCGAAAGUCCUUUCUGAGGCACUGGUCGCGUGGUCAUCUGGUCAUAUCGCCAGUGUUGACGCAUCUUACGAGACCACGGCCCUUGAGGCGAGGUCGAUGGCCCUGCACGCACUUGCGAAAUCAGUGGCCUCGCCGUUGGAUAGCAGUGCAUGUCACGAGACGAACACCGCUGCAUGUCUAGUCCUUCUGACUUCCGAAGUCUGUCAAGGCGAUCGAGCUGGCUGGUACAAUCACCUGCUGGGUGCCAAACAUAUCAUUGAGUCCGCCAAGCACACUGCAAUCGGUGGAAAUACAAUAUUGACCGGCCCAGAGGUCUUCAAGCAGAGCCCCGAAGGACAGUGGGUGUUGCGCAAUUUCGCGUACCAUGAUGUCCUCGGUAGCGUGACAUUGGGCCGACCUCCUUUGAUUAGCGCCGACUACCUCGAAGGCAUUACAGAUGUGGUUGACACUUAUCUAGGAGUCGCUUCAGAGGUCCUCACUUUUAUAUCCGAAGCCAGCUCCUUUGAUCAUGAUAGCUUGUUCACCCUUACGGCACCUGAAGAUUCUCUUCUGUUUUCUAUGCAGCAACAAUUCACAACAUCUUUGGAGGCUUAUCUCGAAGUCAAAAGGAAAUUGCAUGCUUGGAGAUGCGAUGCCUCAGCAAAACCUGAACUGGCUGCUGUAGCAUACGCGUACCGCAGCGCAGCUCUCAUUCAUGUCUAUCGACGGAUCCGUAGUCUUUUAAGACUCGGCCAAGCGAUGAAUCACACCAUCCCUACCGAGGAGUUCAUGGAUGAUAUGAUAUCAUCCAUCAGUGCGGGUUUGAAGUAUCAGGCAAAUCAGAUACUGGCACAUGUAGCAAAGAUCCCGCUCAAUGACGUUCCGGAGUCGGCACUUCUCUUUCCCCUUUUUAUGGCUGGCGGCGAGGUUGAUCCGACGGAGGCCAGUCAACUCGAGAUGAUACGAAUGCGUUUGAGGAUGAUCCUUGAAAAGAGACAUUUCGUCAACGUUCUUUCCGCGCUUGAGGUCCUUGAAGAGUUGUGGAGCCGCAAACGAGAGCAUCCUGGCCUAAAACACGAUCCCGAAAUUGUCGUCGAUUGGGAAGAUAUUCUGAAGGCCCAAGGGGGAUUGCUUCUCCUUACAUAA